CCUUUUCCCGUGAUAAGGGCUAAUGCCCCUGCCUCCGCCUAUGCCUGAAUUAGUGGAUUUGCAGCUCUAUGUGAUUUGGUGAGUCGGCCGAAUUUUAGGGUGCGCUAAGGUUGGGCUGAUGUGGAGGUGAGUAACAGAAUCAUAUUAGCUCCUUAGAGCAUCAACAUUGGUAUUGCAUUCUCAAUUGCAAAAUGAAAUAGCAUAAGUGUUUGCAAUUGUAAAAUCAAUUACAUUGAUGUGACUACAAUUGCAUAUUUGUAAGCUUGCAACAAAGGCAAUUCUAUAUGCAAGUAAAAAAAAGGCCUAAAAAUGGGAGAUUUUUUAUUUAUAUUAUUUUCUUUUCUUUUUUACUUAAUUUUCUAUAAUUUAAACAUAAUAUUUAAUUAUAUUUGCAAUUUCAAGUUAAUUGCAUUGAUGUAGGUGAAUGAAAUGAAUGUGAUGUGGAUUGCAAAAAUUUGAAUUGACAAUAAAAAACACAAAUGCAAUUUUUUUUGCAAUUGCAUUGAUAGAGAUGCUCUUAGCCGAAGGCCCAAACCCCACACCGAGGUCAGCAGCACUCAGCCACUCAGCAGCUUUCUAUUACGAGGUGAAAAGAAAAAAAAAGAAAAAAAACGUUCUAGAAGAAAGGAAAACUGAUUCGACAGGAAGAAAACGGUGGGAGCCGGCAGCGCGCGAGAGUGUGAGAGUGACUCCUUAAGACCUUAACCCAUAAGACACGACUACCUGCCAGUAGGGAUGGCAACAAAACCCGAACCCACGGGUACCCACCGGACCCAAUCCGGUCAACGCGGGUAAAAUCCAUGUUGACGAGUUUUGGGCCGGGUUUGGGUUUAAAUCCGUUCACUGUUCACCGGGUUGGGUUUGGGUUUAGGUAAAGCCGACCCAUGGGUACCCGCCCACACCCAUAUAAUUAAUUUUCUCGACAUUUUUAAUAUUCUAAACAACUACUCUUAUUUAUGUUUGUGAAGACAUGUCUAAUUUUUUCUUUCUAGUUAUGUAGAAUGAAGUUGAUGUUAUCGAGUGGAGAGUGAAAACUUAAUUGAAAGGAAGAAGCUUUCAAUUAAUCAUGUUAUUUAUGGAUAAUUUGUGAUUUGCUUCAAUUUUCUUGAGUUUUCUAGGUUGGUGUUGAACAAUUUGUAUAAUUAAUUUGUGAUUUACUUGAAUUUUUUAGGAUGUUGUUUUAUAUAUGGAUAAUUUGUAUUGAGAGAUUGAUAUUUGACUUUAAUUUUGAUAGGAAUUUGUUAUUGCGAAUUUUUUACGACAAAAACCCGUGGGUACCCAUGAACCCGUGGAUACCAAGCGGGUUGGGUUGGGUUUAAGUUUUUGAAACCUAGUGAGUUUUACCCCGGAUUUUUUCACGAAUAAACUCAUGGAUUUGGGUUUGGGUUUGGCAAAACCCGACCCAAUCCGACCCAUUGCCAUCCCUACCUGCCAGCGCCUGGAGAUUAGGGGUGUACAUGGGUCGGGUGGUCCAGGUUUAGGCAUUUUAAUCACCCGACCCAUGCACUACGGUUUGGAAAAUAUUAAACCCAAACCCACCCAAAAAAAUCUAAAUCCUACGGUUUGUUUCUAAUUGGGUUGGGUCGGGUUGACGAUAUUUUUAAGUAAAAACCCAACCCAACACAAAAUAUGUAAUUAUUCUACAUCAUAAAAUAUUUUAUAACAAAUUAAAAAUUCAAACGAAUAAACUGAGGUGAAAGGUAUCAAAAUUCACAAAUAUUGUUUGAAUUUUAAUAAAACUUGAUUUACUUCAACUUAUGUCUAGUUUUUUUCAAGACAUUUGUUGAAAUAGGUUAAAAAGGUUACAAAUGAACGCAUCCAUAAUAUAAUAUUCUUUUAAAAUUGUACACAAGAAAAAAAAAUUACGUGAAUUAUAGCUAUAUUAAAUAUAUGUCUAAACUUUAAGUCGAAGAAUGCAUUAGAUUAGUGAGACUUUAAGAGAAAAACAUGACGAAAUAUCUUAAUUUUCUUAUAAGUAUGACUAUAUACGACAUAAAUAUUUUUUUGGAUACGAACUCAUACCAAUAAUUGGAACACGGGUUGGGUCGGGUUCUACGGGUUGUGUAAUCCAAAAUCCAAACCCAACCCAAAAGAGGCGAGUUGUACAAAAGAAAACCCUCACCCAACCCAAAACCUUCGAUUUAGCGAUAAAUAAGGGUGGGUUGGGUCGGGUUGGACCGGUGGUUCGGUUUGCGGGUGUGUUUGUUCACCCCUACUGGAGAUGACCAUAAAGGCAUAAACAUUAGGGAUGGCAACAAAACCCGAACCCACGGGUACCCACCCGACCCAACCCGGUCAACGCGGGUAAAAUCCGUGUUGGCGGGUUUGGGUUUAAACCAGUUCACUAUUCACCGGGUUGGGUUGGGUUUGGGUUUAGGUAAUCCCGACCCAUAGGUACCCGCCCACACACAUAUAAUUAAUUUUCUUUGUAUAUUUAAUAUUCUAAACAACUAAUCUUAUGUAUGUUUGUGGAGACAUGUCUAAUUUUUUCUUUCUAAUUGUGUAUAAUGAAGUUGAUAUUAUCGAGUGGAGAGUGCGUUAACUUAAUUGAAAGGAAGAAGCUUUCUAUUAAUCAUGUAUUUAUGGAUAAUUUGUGAUUGACUUCAAUUUUCUUGAGUUUUCUAGAUUGGUGUUGAACAAUUUGUGUAGUUAAUUUGUGAUUUGCUUGAAUUUUCUAGAAUGGUGUUUUAUAUAUGGAUAAUUUUAUUGAGAGAUUGAUAUUUGACUUUAAUUUUGAUAGGAACUUGUUAUUGUAAAUUUUUUACGACAAAAACCCAUGGGUACCCAUGAACCCGCGGAUACCCAGCAGGUUGGGUUGGGUUUGAGUUUUUCAAACCCAGUGAAUUUUACCCCGGAUUUUUUCACGGAUAAACCCAUGGAUUUGGGUUUGACAAAACCCGACCCAUUGCCAUUCCUAAUAAACAUUUCCACAGUCGUGGAUCGCUUCCUUUUGCGCUCAACACGCUAAUCUUUCUCAAACCAAAAACAACUGGAAGCUCCAAUACUCAGAAUUCUCCGCAGAAAAUCUUGCCGAACGUAAAGAUGCAAGCUUGUCCACAGGUGAAGAACAUCCUUGUGUUGGAUUCUGAAGGCAAACGCGUUGCCGUGAAGUACUACUCCGAUGAGGAUUGGCCGACCAGUGGCGCGAAAGAAGCCUUCGAGAAGACGGUGUUCACCAAGACGCACAAAACGAAUGCUCGUACGGAAGCUGAAGUUACAAUGAUCGACAGCUACGUGAUCGUGUACAAGUUCGUAGAAGAUCUCCAUUUCUUCGUUACAGGAGGUGAAGAUCAGAAUGAGGUGAUCUUGGCCUCUGUUCUUCAGGGAUUCUUUGAUGCUGUCGGCAUUCUACUCAGAGGCAAUGUGGAGAAGAGCGAGGCGCUUGAGAAUCUGGAUCUCAUUCUUCUGUGCUUGGAUGAAACUAUCGAUGGCGGUGUCCCUCUCCAAACAGACGCAGCUGUUCUUGCUAACAAGGUAGCUAGUCAUAACAUAGAUUCUGGAGCUCCAUUGUCAGAGCAGACAUUGGCUCAAGCCCUGGUCACAGCUCGCGAACAUCUCACGAGAUCCCUUCUCAAAUGAUGAAUAUGCUCUACUUUGGACAAUACAUAGUUACUAUCUCCUUCCCGCUGUCGUCUUAUACAUAAUAUGUUAGAUUUAAACUUCGAUUUGUAAUCUGAAUACUCUGCUCCAACUCUCUGGUUAGCAGUAAGAUGAUCGAAUGAGCCACUGCGAAGUAGUAGUAUAUGCGAG